AUGAAGCUAUCUCAUCGCGGUCUAAACGCGUGGAUCUCGAGCGACAAUGAAGAGCAGGACAUCUAUGUAUGGAGUCCCCAUGGAGAAAACGUUAACAAGGCGAGGUGGGAGGAGAAACUGAAAGCUGAUCUGGUGGCCGGCCACAUCGCUGUCGAAGGGGGCCAGAGGUUGCGCGUGAACGUUGAGAGCGAUGGCUCAUUGGGCGCCAUCGCCAUAUUCCUGAGUGUCGAUGGCGUUCCCCUCCACGGACCGUUCCUCAAAGGGAAAGGCACUGCGUGGAUGGAUGGCGUCUCCUGUGCACCAAAGUCGGGCAAGAUGUCUGGGAGGUUUUGCUUCGAGUAUACGAGCUACGAAGCCCGGCAUAUUGAGAAGAACCGGAAGUAUCACGGCGCAAUCGGUGUCCUCGUACGCUUCCUUGGUUCAUACGAAGGUCCGCCAGGCGACGAAGACGACGACGAUAUCGAGGUUCUGGAUAACAUCGACCUCCCCGACACUUGGCGGGGUUCAUUUCGUCAAGAUCCUGAGAGUAGUUUGCGGGUUGGUGUUGAUGGUGAGAGUGAAGGCGAGCGAAAGUUUCCAACGUACUACCUCAAGCGGAGGCAAAGCCAGCAGGACCCUGUCGAGUUCCUGUUCAAGUAUCAUACACUCGAGUACUUCCAGGCCAACGACUACAAGCCCAUGCGGAAGAUGGAGAUGGAGCUAGAAAGCAAGAAGCCUUCGGACUCUGUGCCAAUUGCUGCACCAAUCCCUGCACCAAUCCCUGCACCAGUCGCUGCGCCAGUUUUUGCGCCAGUCCCUGCGCCAGUCGCCGCGCCAUCCGUUGGGCCACAGAAGCGCAAGGCAAGUGAGGAGGAUACGAUCGCUACCGCUCCUAAGGCGCCGGUAAAGAAGCCUCGUAAGGGCAAGCAGCGCGAGGUAACCCAACCUGAGACCAAUGGCACGAGCGUCCUUGUCGAUAUUAGCAGCCUGCCUGCCGUGGGCAGUUCUCUUCAUCCUGCGGGCACGCGUUCGUCGCCAAGCGAGAGCGCCUUCGUCCUGAAUCCUCCGAUUGUCCCUUCACAAAUGGCGGUCCCCAUGCCCAUCGCUCACGACGCGACGGUGAUGUCGACGCACGCAAGCAAUCAUGCACAACCGCGCGGCGCUCCCACUUUCGCCACAAGCCACGUAACUCAACCCGCGCCCUCGCACGCACGAUUCUCUGGCGCUCCGGGAUACAAUGACACCUUGGCAUUCAACGCGCCCGCUCAGCCGUACGGGGAUCCUGCCCGCGGCCAGGCUAUUGGGCAGGCCGCGCCGCUGCGUCGCGGGAACUCUCAACACAGCCAUGCAGUAGCGAUGCAUCCUCCCAACUUCAUUCAGCCCCCGCCGCACUCUAUUCAGCCCGCCAUCAACAUCAAUCCCGCCUGGGCCGCUCAGCCACCUCGGGCCCCGUCGCGCUUCGCGCUUGCUCAUCUCUCUGGCGUCGUUCAUAACGACACAGAGACCGUACAACUAAACACGGGCGGGUACGCGCUGCUGCAGGGACAGCAGUCGCACAACCGCCCAAUGUACCAGUCGCAGGCCCCUGCGCCCGCAUGGUACGAUCAACCCACGGCUUUCAACCAGGUUGGUCAUCCGAUUCCCAACGGUGUCCAAGGUGUUCCAAACCAUCACUUCGGCGGUACGUCCUCUGGCCAAUACAGCCAGCCGCAGCGCAACCCCUCCAUGCGUGGCUACGGACAACCUCCGAUGGACUCCUUGCCGCUCGAGUAUCCACUCGCGGGACCAUCAAACGCGCGUCCAUUGCCAUCCACCAACGCCACCAUCCAGCACUCGACGACCAUUCCAGCAAACGCCCAGCCAUACGAGCCUCCAGUCCAGAUGCAGAACUAUGCCACGGGUGGAAACGACUUACCUGAUGAGAUGGCCGCCUUGCUAGCAGAUGAUGAAUUUUGGAAGGACUUUGACCGUGACGUCUUGACAGGCUCUUACAAAUUUCUGAAUGAUUAUGGUCAGGAUACAGAGGGCCAGUAG